GCACCUUUUGGCUCAGCCCGCCCCGGCGUACCUUGCGCCCCGCACAGGUGCGCGCGCGCCAGCGACUUUCGGCGCGCAGGCCGCCUCUGCCUGCGCGUCCGCCGCUGGCAGCGCGACGAUGCCGCGGGCGAGGCCGCGGGAUGCGGAGGACUGUCCGUUGUGCGCCGAGCCGCUCGACGACACGGACCUGGCCGCCCAGGCGUGCCAGUGCGGCUACCGCGUGUGCCUCUUCUGCGCGGAGCGCAUCACCGCGCG